AUGGAUAUGGUGAUGAAGUUGGGAGCACAAAGUCCUGUGGUGAUAUUUAGCAGAAGUACUUGUUGCAUGUCUCAUACUAUCGAAAUAUUAAUCCGAAAUUUCGGAGCAAAUCCUACAAUUUAUGAGCUUGAUAGACUUAGUAGUGGGAGGGAAUUGGAGAGGGCAUUGAUUGAAUUAGGAUGUCAACCAAGUUUUCCUGCUGUGUUCAUUGGAAAUGAAUUGGUUGGUGGUUCUAAUGAAAUCAUGAGUCUCAACAUCAGAGGCAAACUCAAGCAAUUGCUCAUUAGGGCUAAUGCAAUUUGGGUAUAGAAAUACUAAU